AGCAUUGAGGUGCAUAAACAUGAGUUGUGCUCAUCUCCGUGGCCUUGACACUUUGGUGCUCGGAACUCCGGGUUUCAUUGAUUACAGAGUUUUCCCUUUGUCAACUUAUGCAACUUAUCGUUGCCAGAAUACAAGCAAUGGUCCAACUAUAUCUCUUAAAUGCGAUAGUUGUCAGAUUCCCCGAAGAAAUUACCUCAUCUCCUGGCGUUUUGUGGACCUUCCGAAUGACCCAGCCAUGGCUGUUGGGUUCCAAUUCAAACUUACAGUGAAGGACCAUGGUAAUGAUAAAUACGUGAGCUUUGUCAGUGGCACCCUGCAAUCCGACAGCUAUGCGGAUGACAAUCCCAGAACCUUUCGAGGACCAGAUCCAAAUAUAUUGAGAAUUCAUUUGUUUCCUCAAAUAUAUAACAACAAGCAUGGCUUGAAGCUUAUACAACCUCUUGUUCAUGACUUCAUACCGGGUUCGUCUUUUACUAAUGUUAGUGAUCUCCAAGCUUCUCUUCAAAGGCCUACGAACGGUUUGGUCAAUACAACAUUGGAUAUCAGCUAUCUUUCUGACUAUAUUGUAGAGAUCAACAAAGAGAAUGUAAUGGGACCUGUGGGUUUCCUUGCAAAUGCUGGUGGUCUUUAUGCUGUGAGCUUUGCAAUAUUCCUUUACUUCUUGCUUCAAUGUGAGGCCAGGAUAAAGAAACUGCGAAAUGAGGAUAGCGUCAUGCGAGAUAUAAGAAGACACAGACGUGCUCAACACCAUUGGGACAAGUUGAGGAAAUAUGUCUCUUACACCUGGGGUUGCAGCAGUAUGGAUGUAAAAGACAUUAAUGGAAAACAGCGUGGUGGUUGUUUAGGUGGGAUGGGAAUGCCCAAGAUGAAGCUGUCAAGUAGACUUGACUCACUGCGACUUGAUAUGAAUGCUCCUGAAGAAACCAGUUUCUCAGGCAAAGCCAGUUCAAAAGCAUCGGAUAAUGCAGGAACUACAUGUGGAGAAUUUCCCGGACCAGAGGUAGCUGUUGUCAAGGGUCAAAAUGAAAUUCAGUUAUGUAAAUGAACUUUGGAGUUCGCAUGACCCCGGUGCUUGGGUGGUGGCGUUAGCGACCAGAGAUAGUGGCAGAGAAUCUACAGCAAUGGGUUAUUAUGAUCUCGUGGCAGCUCGAAAGGGUUGGAUCUUAACAUCGAAGUAUUCGUGGAGUCGGAAGAAUGUUGUCACUAAGAUUUGGUUCACCCUCUCAAAGUUGCCAGGAGGUACUAACAUGCUAAUGGUGUUUUUAAAGGUUGGGAACUUGCACAUUCUGUCACCGUCGAGAGGAUCAAUCCUAUUGUAUGGAAGAAUGAUAGAAAAAAAAAACUGUGAUCUGAUGUUGUAUGUAUUGUGUGAUAUUUUGGGCAGGCGUCGGGGAUAUCGUUUCAUUAAUUCAACUUUGUAAAAUAUGUAAAAGGGCAGUGUCCCAUGUUAUUAUUGGUCAUUAUAAAAAAAAACAAAUUUUUUAACCUUCAAUAUUCCCU